AGCAAACCUCUUAGUUUGUUGGCCCACUGACUGUGUGCAUCUUUCUCCUCUCUACCCCGAGCAGGCCCUCGUUGUUUCUUUUUUUUUCUUUCUGGACAAUGAUAUGGGGGACCCAGAUGUUAACUUCCACUAACCAAUGGUAAAGAGAGAGGGGCUGGAUUGGUGUGCACUCUUGAUGCCCCUUCUUUUAAAAAGCUCCUGUCUCCAGCCCACACGAGGAGGAGACACGGCGAGACUCUGCAGGACCGGCAGCAUCACCCACACCUGAGGAUCCGAAGCCCACUUCCCCUGAUCAAGUGCUGCAGAACCAGUUGUUUGCUUCUUCUUCAUCUCGUAUCCAUGACGACUCCGUGAUCACACCAUCAGCACAAUGUUGGAAUUAACUAAGCUGCCACUACUGCUCUCUUUUCUGGCCUCAGUGGCUCUAGGUCAAGGAUUUUUAAGGACCAGGAACCCAUCAGACAGGAGCAAAAGAGUGGUUUUCAAUACGUUCACGGACUCACAAACAGGUGUGACUGAGUGGACGUCUUGGUUCAACAUCGACCAUCCUGGUGGGAAUGGAGACUACGAGCGCCUGGAAGCAAUUCGUUUCUACUACAGAGAGCGGGUUUGCGCUCGGCCCACGGCCAUGGAGGCCCGCACCACAGACUGGGUGGCAGCUGCAGACACCGGUGAAGUGGUCCACUCCAGUUUGGAGAAGGGCUUCUGGUGCAUCAACAAAGAACAGCCGUACGGUCGAGUCUGUUCCAACUAUCAUGUUCGCUUUCAGUGUCCUCCAGUGCAGAGCUACUGGACCAACUGGAGUGAGUGGGGUCCCUGCUCCACCGCAGUUUGCAAUGAUGUGGGAAUCCAAGUUCGGCAGAGGAAAUGUGUGAGCGCUCAGCCUAUGCCGCUUUUGUUCGUACCAGCAUGUGUAGGACACCAUGCGGAGAGGAAGGAGUGCUCCACUCCACCGUGCGCAGCCAAGUGGAGUCCUUGGGGUCCCUGGGGGAGUUGCUCAGUAACUUGCGGUGGAGGUCGCAGGACAAGGAGAAGAACUUGUGUGAGAACCUCAGAGACGGUGCAAUGUCCAGGACGACCUGCUGAGGUCCAGAAGUGUGGAAGAAGUCGAUGUCCUGCCACGUGCAAGCUGAAGUGCUCCGAAGGCCAUCCCAGUGAGGACUGCAGCAUUUGUGUGUGUGAAGGCCACAUGCUGUUCGGAGACAUCCAGACCGUGACCGGAGUCCCAGUGGCGGGGGCCAGCGUGGCUCUGACCAGCCACCCCAAAGUGAUCCGAACUCUUACAGACGUGAAAGGGCAGUUCACGCUAUCGGGAGUCUGCUCCUCAGGCUCCACCUCCAUUGCCAUCAGCAAGGAGAAGUUUGUGCCAGCGGUCGUCUCUACUUCCAGUAACGCCACCGGGAUUUCCUGGCUGCGGGCCGUCCUCACGUCAGCUGAAAAGCCAUACAUCGUGAAGCACCCAGAAGACAAAGUGCGUUACGAGGGAGGAAGGGCGCUGUUGUGCUGCUCGGCUACAGGAUCACCAGCUCCUGACAAAUACUAUUGGUACCACAAUGGGACACUGCUGGAUAAGAACAUGUAUAAGUAUGGAAACGACCUUGUGCUACGGGACCUAAAGCUGGAGCAGUCCGGGGAGUACUACUGCAAAACCAGCAACGCUGCAGGCAGCAUCAAGUCGUCCCCGGCUCACCUUACUGUGAUUGCUAACGGAUCGCCGGCAUGCAAUGCCACUCCUGAAAUGCACCUCAUCAGAUUGCCAAUGGACUGCGUUCAACCUGGCACUCACUCCAAGUACUACAAUGCUGGUCGAUGCCCUCACAACAAUUGCCCGGGAUCCCUCGACUUUGACAUGCGGUGCAGAGACGGAGCUGGAUUCUGCUGCGGUGUCCAGGAAAUGGAGAGUCGAAACAUUGACUGUGGUACCUACAAACUCCCCAUACGAGCGGUGAAACAGUGCAGUUGUCAGAAGUGUGUGCAGCCCACCGUGCUGGUUCGUGGCCGAGUUGUAGCAGCCGACAACGAUGAGCCUCUGCGAUUUGGGCAUAUUUAUAUUGGUAAAGAUAGAGUAGGCACCACCGGAUACCAGGGAGGGUUUACAUUGCAAAUUACUCCAGAUACACAAAGAUUGGUGGUGAAUUUUGUUGAUCCAACUCAAACGUACAUUGACACUCCAAAAGUGUUCAUUUUUGACAAGAAAAGUGGCUCCAUCUAUCAUAACGUGAAAGUGAUGAGAAAGCAGACACCGGUUGAUAUAAAUCCAGGAGAGACCAAUUUUAUAGACCUUGGGGAAAUUAAAGGGGAAGAUCCGAUAGGGCAACUGGUCAUUCCACCCCACUCCUUCCAUAAAGACAACGGAGAAAUCUAUGAGGGGACAGUGAAAGCCAGCGUCACAUUUAUUGAUCCAAGAAACAUUACGACAGCAGCGGCAGCCCCAGGUGACCUCAACUUUGUGGAUGAAGAAGGUGAUAUGCUGCCAUUAAGGACCUACGGCAUGUUCUCUGUUGACUUUAGAGAUGAGACCAGCAAGGAGGUUCUUGGGACGGGGGCAGUCCAAGUUCUCCUUGACACGCAGCAUGUUAAAAUGCAAGAGCACAUUCCCACAAUGAAGCUGUGGUCUUUAAACCCAGAUACUGGUGUCUGGGAGGAGGAGAGUGAUUUCUCCUACAGCGCGACAACUGCUGGUGGUCAUGGACGAAGCAAGCGUGAGGAGCGCACCUUUCUAAUAGGCAACAUGGAGAUUAGAGAACGCAGGCUCUUCAAUUUAGACGUGCCCGAAAACAGGCGCUGUUAUGUUAAAGUGCGUGCCUACAUGAGUGAAAAGUUCCUCCCGACUGAACAAUUGGAGGGAGUUGUUAUCAGUUUGAUAAACUUGGAGCCCAAACCUGGUUAUUCAUCUAAUCCCAGAGCAUGGGGUCGGUUUGACAGCGUCUUAACUGGACCCAACGGGGCUUGUUUGCCUGCUUUUUGUGAUGCCAUGAGACCAGAUGCUUACACUGCUUAUGUCACAGCCAUUCUGGGUGGAGAGGAGCUGGAAGCAGCUCCGUCUUCCCCUAAGAUGAAUCCAAACAUCAUUGGAGUUUCCCAACCUUAUCUAGAUAAGUUAGACUACCAGCGUUCUGAUCAUGAGGAUCCAGCUCUAAAGAAAACUGCAUUCAGAAUCAAUUUGGCAAAGCCUAAUCAGAACAAUUUUGACGAGACGAACGGACCAAUAUAUCCUUAUCAGAAUUUAUUAGCUUGUGAAAAUGCUCCUGUGGACGCAAACCAUUUCAGAUUUUUCAGAGUGGAAAAGGACAAGUAUGAGUACAAUGUUGUUCCUUUUGAGGAGAACGACUUGACGACCUGGACGGGAGACUACCUCUCUUGGUGGCCUAACCCUCAGGAGUUUAGAGCAUGCUUCAUCAAAGUCAAGAUUCACGGCCAGAAGGAAGUGAUGGUCCGGUCAAGGAACCUGGGAGGAACACAUGCAGAGACGAGGGGCAAACUUUACGGCAUUAGAGACAUUCGCAGUACCCGUGACAUGCGAGAGGCUAACACCUCAGCUGCAUGUGUUGAGUUCAAAUGUAGUGGCAUGUUGUUUGAUCAAGCGGAGGUGGACAGAUCACUCAUAUCAGUGAUUCCACAAGGUAGCUGUCGAAGGAUUAGUACCAAUGGCCUCCUACAGGAGUAUCUCAUUAAACAUCCUCCAGUUGCUCAAAACAACGAAUCACACGCAUUCACCAUGUUAGCCCCCGUUGAUCCAUUGGGACACAACUAUGGCAUCUACACAGUCACAGACCAGAAUCCCAGAGUUGCCAAAGAGAUCGCUAUUGGGCGUUGCUUUGAUGGCACCUCCGAUGGUUUCUCAAGAGAGAUGAAGUCAGACUUUGGUGUGGCACUGACCUUUAGCUGUCCAGAGAAAAAAAUUAACAGAGAAAGCCUCUUCCAGCGUCUGCAGACCAAUCCGGGUCAAACAUUGUCUCAGAUGGCAAGGGACAUGAGGGAAGUGGAGGGUCUGCAGGUGCAGAGAUCAUCAACCCAGGUCGUGGCUUUUCCUUCAGAGCAGCGGGGAAGGACCCAAAGUCGGCGAACUAGUUCUGCAACCAGAAGGAGAGCAUCCAUGCGAGCACAACAGCGCCAAUAGAUGUGUCAUGAAGUAGGUUAUCUAUGUUUACCGUGAUGGUAAAGUUGAAAUGGUCAAUGCCUUCUGUUUUUUAAUUCCUUGGACACUAGUGAAGACUAAUUUGAAGGCCCUACAUCUAGACAGUAACUGUUGCCUGUCAAAUCAAAAGUAUGUCUUGCUUUCUGACAGACAAAAAAAAAAAAAAUUAAAAGACUGAGACAUAUGGGCAAAAUCUAGUGUAGAUCAUUUGUUUUAUAGUAACUUGAAUGUUUUGGUUUAUUCAUUUUGUUUCAUUUCUCUUAUAAAAGGUAAAUAUCACUUGACUUUUCAUAACUUAGUGCCUUGUAUUUAUUUUUUGCCUGUGUUCUAAUUUUAUGAAUGAAUAUGCAAUAUUAACAGUGGACCUAAGAACCUUUUUAUGGGGUGUAUAUGUGGGAGUUUAUUUCACAGACAUCUUUCAAUGCUUGAUCUAAAACCAAACUUUCAAAUAUAAAUACUUUGGUAAACCAAAAUACUUCGUGACUGUAAGCUGCCAAUGAACUCAUACUUUCAAGAUCCCAGCAUAAGGUCUUGGCUGACAGAUAAUGAGCCUGUUUUCCACAAAUUUGUAAACUCUUUCCACCGACAGACGGUCAGUUCAAACCAGUGUGGUAUGGCAUGCCAAGAUGGGUAAGAAGGAUCGUUUUAGACAUACUCAAUAACAUUCACCAAUAGUAAUUCAGCCAAAUGUCUGUCCCCACGUACUUUAAAUGUGCCAGACCACAGUUGUCACUUAGACAAACAUGGAUGUCAUUAGAGAAAAUUCAUGCCAGGAAAAUAAAUUAAUGUUGAAGUAUGAAAUAAUUUCCUAUGCACAUUCCAGAUAAACAUACAAACAAACUAAAUACAAUCUAAACAAUGAGUAUGUAUUUCUUUCCUCUUACAGUAAAAGACUUAAGUUUUGCAUGGGCUUUGAUUUGUUGCUGGGGUUUUUGAGCUUUCCUAAUGUUUGAAGUGCGGUAGUGAUAAUGAAACAUCAAAACUGGAAAAAUUCACCAUGUUUUAAAUUACAGCACAUUGUUAAGUAUAGUAGGUAAGUGAAACCACUCCAAGAGUAUGAUUAAAAGUUAAUGAAUCCUUAAGAAAACUCUUCAAAUAACUGGAUAUAAAGAAGUAUAGAAUAAUUAAAUAAGGCACAAUAUUUUGUGCUUUCAGCUUUGAAUCCGAGUCUUUUUCUUACAGCUUUCUUCCAUCAAUAAACAGUCCGAGAACAGCAAAAACUCAGUAUUAAAGGUAAAGACAAUUGUCUUUUUUCUUAAUAGGAAUAACUAAACUACAUUGAAGAAUGUUGUGACCCAACUAAUCAACAAGCCAAAUUAAAUUGUGCUAACAGUAGCAUAGCUAAAUUGUGCUAACAGUAGCAUAGCUUUAUAAGAAUCUUAGUAUAGGAGCAACACUUGACUUUUUUGGAGAUCAGCACUGUCAAAAAUUUAACUAUGGUUCUGCAAAUAAAAGUUUGUCCAGAGGUUAAUAGAAAGGGUUCAAAGAAAUAUUAACAUACUUUAUUUAAUAAAUAAAUGCACAACUUUUUUCUAAACUGAUCCUCCUUUUGGUUGUUUUAUCCUUUGAGAUAUGGCUGUUCCAUUAUUGAACCUUUAAAUCUAAACCUCCCAAGGAUAUUAAUAAUUUUGGGCUUAACUUUUCAUUGUAUGGCUGUUAUUAUAUUUAAAGAUGUAAUCAGACUGGAACUUAGUAUCAACAAAUGCAUUUUCCUAUGUGACUGUGAUCAGUAUCAGGGACAAAAAAAGGAAUAUUCAUAUAAACAAGUGACAAAAUAGUUUUAUAGUUACAGAGUAAUUGCUCGUGGUUCAUAAAAAAUAGAUCCGAACUGCAGCUCAGUUCAGUUGAGUGGGAUUUCUUUAAUUGAGCUUCUUGAAGGAUACAUUAGAUUUAAAAUAGCUAGCUUAAUAGCAAGUAGUGUGUCUGUACAGCUUGGCAAAACUUGCAUUAAACUUUUUCACAUAAAUUGUGAUGUUUUAAUCUUAGUCCUUUUGAAUUUGCCAACAUGUUCAUACUCAGCCUGUUGUUUUGUCCGCUUGAAUCUCUUGGAUGUUUUGCAUCAGAGUUUCAUUUCAUUGGUAAACCUCACAAUUCUAAGUAGACCGUUUCUUUGUUUAAGAAGCGCAUUGCAUUGCUGAAACAAAACAAAACUAAACUAAAAAAUUCACCUUGGCCAUGCUGUAAGUGGAUACUGUGCCAAACAAACACUUUUGGAGGUUUUGGGCAUGGAAGCUUUUUGACAAAUAUCUUUUUAACUUGAAGUCAUUAUUAGUCUUAAAAUUACAAGCCCAGAACUUGUUUAUCAUUCGUCUAGCCUUUUGUAAGCCCAUGGGAUAAUCUAUUCAAGCUGAACUAAUUUGCAUCCAAAUCCAAUGGGAGCACCAUUGCCCUUGGGGAAACAGGAAGAAGUCGACAAGUAAAUACAGGCUUAAUGUUAAUUAGCAACUAGGACUGGCCUGAGGUCUAGUGAAAAGUUUGUACUUUUGCCAACUUCAAAACACGGUAAUUUUCUGCAAACUAACUCAAACUCAACUUUAUCACCAACAAAACGCUGGGCCCCGAGUAUUAUUAUAAAUGAGUACACCAUACAAGUGCUAACCAGCACACUAAGCAUUUGUUUGUUGUCAGUUUUGGCAUUACAUUUACACAUGCUAUGCAACAGAUGAAGAGUCUAUCUAAAUUACAACCAUAUAUAAACCUACAGAUACAUUUGGCAGCACUUUACAGAUAGCCCUCGUUUCCAGAAAGGCACUCACAGUGACAGUCUGGGUCAUCUUCGCCAUUAUCACCACUCUCCACUAACCACAAACCUGUUUGCAGAAAGAUGUUUAGACCUCCAGAUUAGGACAAAAGUCUCCCAGCUCCAGAUGCUCGGUUCGCCCAGUAACAAAGAUGAUAAUUGAAUCCGUGUGUCAAAAGAGAUAAGUCUUCUAAUGCAGCGGUGUGUCAGGUCAGUUGAGGCCACUCAACAGAUGUACUGCAAAUAAAGGAAAUGUCAAACUUUAGACUUCAAAAAAGAAAAUAGAAGCGAGAUUAUCUCCUGAUGGAUUCAAUCAUUUCGUUCUCUUAUUGAAAAGGGGAAUGUGGUCUUUGGUCUCACUGUCUGUCACUUAAAGGAUCCUGAUUUUGAAAAAGUGGUUGCAGCUGAAGAAUGCAGCUGUUUUUUGUUUUUUUUUUUUGUUUAGUUUUUUUCUGAAAAUGCUUUGAAAGGAGAAUUUGCUUUGUCAAAAGAUAUUAUCCUGGAAAAAGCCAACUGUGUUCUCCAGCUGGUUCCUAUGUCUCGAGAGAAUUUAAACAAGUUCAAGGGACCUCUGCAAUGUUUGUCUUUAUGACGUGAGAACGUUUCAAAUGGAUAAAGUGAGCCUGUUCACACUAACUUGGAUAUUUUGCAAAACGAACUCACAUGUGUUUCGCGCCUACAUAUCUCAUCCACAGCUAGCAGAAUUUUGGCUAAAAGACAAUAUAUAAUCAUACUGAAUCAUGAAUCAUAUUGCUUUCACGUUGUCUUUCUACCUUGAGAGAUGCACAUCUAAUUUUCAAAUCAAAGAUGUGAUGACUUGGGCCUAACUUAAAGACACAUUUUAAAGAUCGUAAUUAAGAAAAGUUGGUUCCAAGAAAAGAGAAAACAGAAGAGAGAUCAAUUUCCAAACUUACAACAUAACGUUAACAACAUAAGAGAAAAUUCAAGUGUUUUCUCUGUCACUAGUGUAUGAAAAGGUUAUGAAAGUGAAAUGGGAGCAUUGCGAUGGUGGAGAUAUGAGGCAUCAUCUAUAUCUCAGUUAUUACCUGAAGGUUUACGUUAGCUACGGCGUUUAGACAUGUUUGGAAUACCUUCCAAUGCUUUUGGCGUUUCCAGGUGCUAAUGUUGCGUUUCCCCUGCUAAGCCAAACUGCCAUCUUUAGGAAACAUAUACCUUUUUUUUGUUGUUGUUUUCUGUGAAAGUAAACUUCUCGCUUUAGUUUAUGUAGCAAAAAUGUCUUGAUUUAGUUUAUCCAGCAAAGCCACUUGGCCAGCGGGACAUAUUGUACUGUAUUUGCUUCAUUAAGUUCACAACUUAUGCAGAACAGAAAACUGGGCUGCACUUGACAGCGGACUAAGUGUGCUUUUAGGAACACGCAAAGAAUCUAUUUUUAAAGAAAAGGCUUUCUUUAUUUGGGUCUGGUUUCAUGAGACCCUCUGGUUCAACCCAGACAUAACAAAAUAAUGUUUCCAAUAAAAAAAAAAAACAUAUAUACACAGUCUCAUGAUAAUUAUCAGUGAAAAGGAAAAUGACUUGGUUUCAGAAUACUGAGACCAGGUUUCUUCUCUGUUGGUUAUCUAUUCCUUUAAGUUUUAAAGCAGAAAUCCUAAAAGUUUGAAUCAAGAGUUUAUCAGCAAGUAUGAGCAGAUUCAGAUAAUUUCCUCCUUGUAAAUCACAGGUGAUCUCAGUGAGAUCAUAAUUUAUUUAGAAGGUAAACCAGGAGCCCUUCUUCAGUAAAUGAGGCUAAAUGUGUGUUGGUCACAGGGCCCUGGGCAUGGCAUAGAAGAAAAAAAAUAAAUAAACCACUGAAAUCUUGACAGCACUCUGUAUUGUAUAAUUGAUGCAUGAUAAUGCUGAUUGCUUUGUUUUUUUCUGAACUACAUUUUAGUGUGUAAAUUGUGUCUUGUAUUGAAUCUAUAAUUAAACUAUGAACAUGAAACUGUAAAUAAAGGUGUAAAAGGAC